AUGCCCUUUGCGCGAGAGCUCACGACCGCCAUGAUGCCCACCGGCUCCGUUAUGGGAGCGCUCCUGUCGUGGACGUUGGUUGACAUGGCACAGCCGCGGCUGGUGACGGCAUAUGCGACUCUUCUGUGGAUAUUGGGGAGCCUGGUCCAGAUGAUCGCGCCGAGCAUUGGGGUGGUGCGCUCCGGGAGGCUGAUUUGCGGGCUCGCGGCUGGAAUCAUCAGCGCCGUUGUGCCGCCGUACUUGGCUGAGAUUGCCGGACGGUCGAGUCGAGGCAAGUUUGCCAGUGUAGGCCAGAUGGCUGGAGUGUCGGAGUCAGACCGCAUGCGAUACAGCGCCUCACAAUCCGAUUCGGAGAUGCGUGUCAUUGUCGUUAAUCUCCUUCGGUGCUCGUUUGCUGUGCAGAUGGUGCCCGGCUUUAUGCUGCUGCUCCUUUGCGACCUUGUCCCCCCAAGCCCGCGCCAGCUUGCCGCAGAGGGUCGCUGGCCCGAGGCAAAGAGUCUGCUGGCCGACUUGCACGCAUCUGGAGAUGGAGAAGAUGCCCGCGUCCUGGCGCAUAUUCAGGAGCUGCAAGGCGAUAUCCUGAGCCAACCGCAAGUGCCGCAUCCGUCCGGAGAACUGCUGACGCGGAGGGUGCGAGCAAGACUCGUGCUGGGCAUGCUGGUCGCCGCAUGGAGCCAGCUGUGUGGCGUGCACCUGGUCCUGCAUACGAUUAUGCUUCCCACGGCUGGAGCUGGAUUUGACUCGGUGGAUCUAGUUGUUGGCCUUCAAUAUGUUCUCUACAUCUCCAUUACUCUGCUGGCUAUGAGUUUGCUAGACUUCUGGGGUCGGCGGUUGAUGCUGAAGCUUGGCUGCCUCGCUAUGAUCAUUAGCCUUUGCGGCAUGGGAUUUUUCCAAUCGAAGCGGAUUGAGGAGGCGGCCAAAGAUGACAAUGGGCUGAACAUGACUUAUGUCCCCUGGGUCAUCAAGAGCUAUCAUGGCCCUUCACUUGGCGUGAUACUCUUCUGCUAUCUGUUUAUAAUCACGUAUGCGGUGUCUUGGGGCCCAAUCGCCUGGGUGUACCCUGCAGAGAUAUUCCCGGGUUGGCUUCGGACGAGAGGAUUCAGCUUUUGUAUGGCCGCGUACUGGACAUGCAAUGCUGUCAUGGCCUGGGGGUUGCCGAGCCUAGGCAACACAACUAAUCAUUGCCUAGUGAACUGGAUUGUGUUGCUGUACGUCUUCUAUGCCGUCCACGAGACCAAGGGAUACACGCUGGAAGAGAUGAAUCACGUCUUCCUUUCGGGCCGCCGGGCAUGGCAGCCUGUCUCUGGGCAACGCAUUUUUGACUUGCUGGUGGCACGAAUCGAGCGUCGACGGAAUUUGAACGGGACUGAUGGCGCUGCCGGGGGGCCAGGGGAUGAGAUUGAACUGAGUGAAUGGGCGUCUCGACAAGCUGGCCAUCCUGAUUCAUCUCCAUCAUGA